AUGCCUUCCUCGUUGUCGAUUGCAGCUUUCGCCGCGCCUCUGAUCCAGCUCGCCGCCGCCCACGGAUACGUGUCUGGCGUAACCGUCAACGGCGGCAGCUGGGUCGAUGGGAGCAAUCCGAACUGGUACUACCAGCCAGAGGGUACCGCGCCCGAUACGCCGGGCUGGAAAGCCUUGAACCAGGACAACGGUUUCGUUUCACCUGAUGCUUACGACACAAACGACAUCGCCUGCCACAAGAGCGCAACUCCCGGGGAGACGUACAUCACGGCCAGUGCUGGUGAUACAUUGACGCUGUAUUGGAACACAUGGCCUGACACUCACCACGGCCCUGUUCUGAACUACCUGGCAGAGUGCAGCGGCGAAUGUACCGCCGCCACCGCCGACGGCCUUUCAUUCACCAAGAUCUCCGAAGCCGGCCUCCUGUCUGGUAGCAACCCGGGCACCUGGGCCACCGACACCCUGAUCGCCAACAAUUUCACCGCCGAUGUCAUCAUCCCCGGCAGUCUGGCAGCGGGAAACUACGUUCUCCGCCACGAGAUCAUUGCACUACACAGCGCUGCAAGUGCGAACGGUGCCCAAAGCUACCCUCAGUGUCUCAACAUCCAGGUCGGUGGCAGUGGAUCUACUGCCUUGCCCGCUGGUGAGCCGGCUACCGACUUCUACAGCUCGGCUGACCCGGGCAUCCUGUUCAGCCUCUACACCGCGUUCACCAGCUACACGAUUCCCGGCCCCGACGUCUGGACUGCAUGA